AUGUUCUUUCGGCAGCUUGACAGAAAUUCUGUCAGAUGUGAAAGUGGUUUGCCAGAGGAGGAAAAAUGGGGAAGAAGGGUGAAUAGUGCACGAAAUUGCUGGGUUUUGCAAGUAAGAGAGGAAGCUUGCUCUUUGGGUGUGGCCAGAUCUGAUGAAGGAAAGAAAAUGGGUGUACAUACUGGUUUGAAGGGCGCUCCUCCUCCUGGCAGCUUACUAGCUUUGUUCAAUGAGCCUUUAGACCUUCUCUACGUGGCUUUUGUUCUUCCAGCCAGGAGUUGGGGCCUUUGUGGCUCAUUUGUGGCAAUUGCAUGGGCUAAGGAAGAAACCCGCUUGCCGUUGCUGGAAGAGAUUGUCUUUGUGCAAAAUUUUCUUCCAAAAUUCCCAAUUCCUUCUUUCUUGGUGCACCUGAGGCUAUCCUUUGAGAGGAUUAACAAGGUGUAUACGUCUCUGGCACAGGUAGGGGAAGGCAAGUGCUGGAAGCUUUGA